AACAACCUUUAUCGUGAGGAAUGAUUGUGUACAAGGAUUGUACAUCACACGAUGCAGUGUUUGUGCGUUAUCUUAUUUUUUAAAGAAAACGAGAGCAGACAGGAAGAAAUGAAUAACAGAUCCUGACAGAGGGAGAGAAGAGGGAUCGAUUGGGGAAAGGUGUAUUUGUAAGGAGAGGUUAUACUGAAAGUGGUGACAAGAACAGAAAUACACAAAGCAAAGCUAUGAAGAAAUCUUUUAAUAACCGCACCAAGGACUUUCACUCUGAAAAAUCAAGCAUUUUAUCAGAUUCCUAUAUUUUCUCAAAGGAGAUAGUAAACAUAAACCCCAAACCUUUCUCAUGUUCUGAAUGUGGAAAAUGUUUUGUUCAUAAAUCAUGGCUUGUCAAUCAUCAGAAAACUCACACAGGAGAGAAACUGUUCUCAUGUUCUGAAUGUGGAAAAUGUUUUGUUCAUAAAUCAAGGCUUGUCAAUCAUCAGAAAACUCACACAGGAGAGAAACCGUUCUCAUGUUCUGAAUGUGGAAAAUGUUUUGUCACUAAAGUAAAGCUUGUCAGUCAUCAGAGGACUCACACAGGAGAGAAACCAUUCUCAUGUUCUGAAUGUGAAAAAGGUUUUCUUAGUAAAGCAGGUCUUGUCUGUCAUCAGAGAACUCACACAGGAGAGAAACCGUUCUCAUGUUCUGAAUGUGGAAAAUGUUUUGUCACUAAAGCAGAGCUUGUCAGUCAUCAGAGAACUCACAUAGGAGAGAAACCAUUCUCAUGUUCUGAAUGUGAAAAAGGUUUUCUUAGUAAAGCAGGUCUUGUCUGUCAUCAGAGAACUCACACAGGAGAGAAACCGUUCUCAUGUUCUGAAUGUGGAAAAUGUUUUGUUCGUAAACCAGAGCUUGUCCGUCAUCAGAGAGCUCACACAGGAGAGAAACCGUUCUCAUGUUCUGAAUGUGGAAAAUGUUUUGUCACUAAAGCAGAGCUUGUCAGUCAUCAGAGAACUCACACAGGAGAGAAACCGUUCUCAUGUUCUGAAUGUGGAAAUAGUUUUAGGCACCCUUCAAAUCUUGUCAGUCAUCAGAGAACUCACACAGGAGAGAAACCGUUCUCAUGUUCUGAAUGUGGAAAUAGUUUUAGGCACCCUUCAAAUCUUGUCAGUCAUCAGAAAACUCACACAGGAGAGAAACCGUUCUCAUGUUCUGAAUGUGGAAAAUGUUUUGUUCGUAAACGAGAGCUUGUCUGGCAUCAGAGAACUCACACAGGAGAGAAACCGUUCUCAUGUUCUGAAUGUGGAAAAUGUUUUGUUCGUAAACGAGAGCUUGUCGGUCAUCAGAGAACUCACACAGGAGAGAAACCGUUUUCAUGUUCUGAAUGUGAAAAAUGUUUUUGGCAACAUUCAAAUCUUGUCCGUCAUCAGAGAACUCACACAGGAGAGAAACCAUUCUCAUGUUCUGAAUGUGGAAAAUGUUUUCGGCAACAUUCAAAUCUUGUCAGUCAUCAGAGAACUCACACAGGAGAGAAACCAUUCUCAUGUUCUGAAUGUGGAAAAUGUUUUCGGCGACAUUCAAAUCUUGUCAGUCAUCAGAGGACUCACACAGGAGAGAAACCAUUCUCAUGUUCUGAAUGGGGAAAAUGA